UGUCAUCUUUUCGUCCCAGGAUCUUUCUUCCUAAACCCUAAAGACGGUUUAGAAGUUGCCAGUUGGUCAGUCUUAGGGUUUAGGAAAAGUUUAGGGUCCCCACACUCCUACCCGCAACAGAGUGGGGAAGAGAGUCUGUGUGAGUGCGUGUAAAGAAACGAAGGGAUUGUGGGGGAAGUUACGUCCGUUGUCUAAGCAAGCAACGCAACACUACUCUCUUUGGAACCUUUGUGGGCGAUUUCUGUCUCCGGAGCGGUCUAUACAGCACUUCAGUUGGCGUCCUUCCCGUCUACCUCUCUUUCCAGAAAUAAUUUAGGGGCUAAGGGUUUGCAGGAAGAAUGGUGGCUGACAAAGGUAAGAAAUCGAAGGUCGCGGAGAUGGCUGAGGAGGCUGAUUCCGAUCCCAUUGACGGCGAUCUCGUUCUCUCUGUCGAGAAGUUGCAGGAGGUUCAAGAUGAGCUCGAGAAGGUCAAUGAAGAGGCCAGUGACAAGGUGUUGGAAGUUGAGCAGAAAUAUAAUGAGAUACGCAGACCUGUCUAUAUCAGACGCAAUGAGAUCAUCAAAACUAUUCCUGACUUCUGGUUAACUGCUUUCCUGAGCCACCCUGCAUUGUGUGAUCUCUUGAGCGAGGAAGACCAGAAGAUCUUCAAGUACAUAAAAUCUCUUGAUGUAGAGGAUUUUAGUGAUGUGGCAUCAGGGUACUCCAUUACGUUUAAUGUGGACGAGAAUCCUUAUUUUGAAGAGACAAAACUGACAAAGACCUUCACAUUCUAUGAUGAGGGAACAACUAAAAUAACUGGUACAAACAUCAAGUGGAAGGAGGGCACGGCUGCUUCUAAUGGAGUCAAUCAUGUGAAAAAAGGGAACAAACGGCCACUUGCUGAGGAGAGCUUCUUCAGUUGGUUUAGUGAAACUCAUCAGAAAGAUGUUGCAGAGCUUCAUGAUGAGAUUGCAGAGUUAAUAAAGGAGGAUUUGUGGCCCAAUCCGCUGAAGUAUUUUAACAAUGAGGCUGAUGAAGAGGACUCUGACGAUGAUGCUGAUGAUGAAGAGGAAAAUGGUGAUGAUGAUGAACAAGACGAUGUUGAAGACAGUGAUUAGGGAGACAGCUGAGCUAUUUCUGGCGUGCUUUCCAUUAUAUUUUUUUUCCUUCUCAUCUGGUUCCUGGUGAUGAGAAGCACAAACUCCAAUUAGUAUAAACCUUUCUAGUUAUACAUGGCAUGAAAAUCUUACUGUAAUGGUUGCACCUUGUAAGACUAUCACUGUUAUUUACAUAAGUCGCUGUUCUGCU